CCGGGGAGGGUCAAAGGUCGCCGCGCAGGCGCGGUCCCGCCGUCCUUUCCUGCCACGUCCAGAUCGGGGGCGAAGAACUCGGCGGAGCGGCGGCUUUGGGCGUUCAAACUCGGGCUGUCAGGUGUGAAACCUGAGACGAGAUGACCAUGAAUGGACAGCUGGAUCUGAGUGGAAAGCUCAUCAUUAAAGCUCAAUUAGGCGACGAUAUUCGCCGGAUCCCAAUUCACAAUGAGGACAUCACCUAUGAUGAGCUGGUACUGAUGAUGCAGAGAGUCUUCAGGGGGAAACUUCAGAGCAAUGAUGAAGUCACGAUCAAGUACAAGGAUGAAGAUGGAGAUCUAAUAACCAUAUUUGACAGUUCAGACCUUUCCUUUGCUACCCAGUGCAGUAGGAUACUUAAACUUACAUUGUUUGUGAAUGGACAGCCUCGGCCUCUCGAAUCAAAUCAAGUGAAAUAUCUUCGCAAGGAACUGAUUGAACUUCGGAAUAAGGUGAACCGACUGCUGGAUAGCUUGGAGCCGCCAAGUGAGCCAGGUCUUUCUGCCAACAUCCCUGAAAAUGAAGCUGUUGAUGGAAGGGAUGGAAAGCCUGUGGCACAGGACUCAACAAUUAAGCAGCCAGUUCCUGUUAGUGCUGCCAGCAUGUCUGCUUUUGAUCCUUUGAAAAAUCAGGAUGAAAUCAGCAAGAAUGUAAUGUCAUCAUUUGGCCUGACUGAGGACCAGGUGUCAGGCCCUCCUAGUGCACCAGUAGAUGAUCGUUCAGGAACGCCUGACAGCAUUGCUUCUUCUUCAUCUGCACCUCAUCAGCCUGGUGUCCAGCAGCACCAACAGCCCUACACAGCAGUGCAGCCUCCGGCGGGUCAGAUGGAAGGUCAAAUGUAUCAUCAGUACCAGCAGCAGGGAUAUGCGCCUCAGCCGCAGUAUGGAAUACAGUACUCAGGUUACAACCAACAAACAGCCCCUCAACCGCAGGCUCAACAGUUCCAAGCCUACAACCAGCAGGCUUCACAGGCACCUGCUCCUGGGUUUACUAACCAGCCCCAGCAAAUGCCAUCGCAGCCCACUCAGCAGUACCAAGCCAGCUCCUACCCCCCACAGAAUUAUACAACACCGGCCACUCAGCCUGCUAACUACACCAUGCCAUCCGCUGCCCAGCCGGGCAUGGCUCCAAAUCAGCCAGGGGCCUACCAACCCAGGCCGGGUUUCACACCUUCCUCGGGCAGCAAUGUGACGCCACCCCCUUCUGGGGCCAAUCCAUAUGCACGCAAUCGUCCACCUUUCGCUCAGGGCUACACCCAGCCUGGGCCAGGCUAUCGGUAAGGAGUGCUGGUGUUAGGGAAGCUGGAAGCCCAUCCACCCACUACUGCUAGGUAAUGAAUUCCAUCCAUUCGCACAGAGUCCAAGAACCUCUUUUUGAUCUGUACACAAUUUAUAAUCUAAAGCAGAACAAACCCUCCUUCUAUUAGCUUCUGAAUGAUGGAUUUUGUUUGCUGGGGGAAAGAGACCAAAUAGAUUUGUUUUCUCUUUAUUUUCUGCUUUCAAAUUUAUCGGCAUCAUAGCGUAUAAAACCCGGUCAUUGGAAACACUACCUAAAUAUGUGUCAAGUGAUUCUGAAGUUGUAGUCUGCCUUGGCAGAAGAGCAAGAAAUUUAACAAUAGUUUGCAAAUAGACAACUGACGUGACUCAUUUUUACUGUUAAAUGCAUAACUGAAAUGUAUUGAUGAAAUCCCUAUUGAAUUGAGAUUAGAGGUUAAUAUGUACAAAAUAGUAACAUUUUCCUGGAAAGCUAAUAAAGAUGUUGAACCCUAUAUUGGAUUUUA